AUGCAGUAUAUACAGUACGUGACAAUAUCACUAUUACUCUUCACUGCUACUGGAAGUAAGAGACGAUUGCGUAACCGGAAGGGGCUUAGAGAACGGUUCGAUCCAGAUGACGUCGAAGACGGGACAUGUCAGCUGCAAGUAUCGUGUAAAAAUUCCAAUAUGCCUGUGAGGAUCCCCAUAAGGGGUCCAAGGGGGCCUCCAGGAGUCCAAGGAGAAAAGGGAGAACCCGGAACUCCGGGAAUUCCAGGAAUACCAGGGAAGAAUGGUAAGUCUCCAAAAAUCCCACCCAGAGUCGCAUUCUUUGUGGGACUGCGGGAAAACGUGGGACCUUUCAAAGAAAACAAGGAUCUAGCUUACGACAAGUUGGUCACAAAUAUCGGUGGUGGUUACGAUAUAACCACUGGCCGCUUUACGGCACCGGUAAAUGGUACAUAUCAGUUUACGGUAGUCGUCGCGGCGCAGGGCCAAAAGAAGGGUGCUGUGAAUCUGAUGAAAGAAGGGAGGAUGGUAGUUACAGUCUGGGCCGAGAGCUUUCCCUGGGCGACAUCGUCGAACACAUUGAUCCUGAAUCUGAGCCGGGGACAACAGGUCUGGCAGAUAGCUCGCAAAGAUGCGUCCUAUUUCCAUGGUUACAUGUAUUCCAGUUUCUCUGGUUAUAUGCUGUUCGCUGAUGAAGACGACAACGACUUUUAUUAA